AUGUUGGCAGGAAUGGGUGAAUCAUGGCAGCACACAGAUCAAGAAGGAAGCGGUAGGCCUAGAGAAACGACAGAACGUGAAGAUCGAGCGGCACUCACACCCCCAGAUGCAUCAUUAUCAUUGAUUGUACAUGCAACUAGUGCUUCAGUAUCCAUCAAAUUAAAAAUUGCCUUUAACAAGACCAGAGGAGAUCGUCGUUUUUAUUCAACCUGGAUGAGACAUGAUCAGAGACCCACCACUGCAUAUAUUGUUGAAAAUCUUCUUUUCUUAUUUGUUACAUCCGUGCCCGUUAUUACUCCGGGAGUUACACAGUGUGGUACGUAUACAAAUGGUUCCAGAUCCCAUAUACCUCUCAGGAUUAAUAUGUUGCACAUUCCCACCCCCGUGGUAACUGGGGAUAGUGUUCGACUAAAGUGUGGUUACGAACUCGGCAACGAGACCUUGUACGCUGUCAAGUGGUAUAAGAACAUGGGGGAGUUCUUCAGAUAUGUCCCUGCCUCUGAACCUCCCCUGAAGACAUUCCCACAGCUAGGAAUAGAUGUUGAUGGUUUCAUGACUGCAGCCCUGUAUGAAGUUGAGAAUAGUUAG